UUACCUGUCAAAUGACGCAACAGCGUGGCGGGUGAACAUUAACCAGCAGGUAACGAGUGCACGUCGAACCGGCUGCUGGUUUAUUCUGCUGGAGAACAUGGCGACGACUGGUUCUGUGAGGAGUUCUGGUCGCGUUCUGUCCAGGUGUUCCGUCUACCUGCACCAAGCCUCCAGGAGGUUUUCAGAGAGCAGCGACAAAGGCUGGUUCCGGUCCUUGUUCGUGCACAAAGUUGAUGCCAGGAAGGACGCUCACUCCAACCUGCUGUCAAAGAAGGAGAUCAGCAACUUGUAUAAAAUCCAAUUUCACAACGUCAAACCAGAGUGCCUGGAUGCGUACAACAGCCUGCAAACAGAAGUACAAACCCGGCUCCAUCGGGACCAGGAUUACCCGUGUGAGGUAGUUGGGAGCUGGAACACCUGGUACGGAGAGCAGGAUCAAGCUGUGCAUCUGUGGCGAUACAGAGGAGGAUAUCCAGCUCUGAGCGACUGCCUGCAGAAGCUGAGAGACAAUAAGGAAUAUUUGGAGUUUCGGAAGGAAAGAGCCAAAAUGUUGAUAUCAAGGCAAAAUCAGCUUCUGUUGGAGUUCAGCUUCUGGAAUGAGCCCCUACCAAGAGAAGGACCUAACAUCUAUGAACUGCGCACCUAUAACCUCAAGCCAGGAACCAUGAUCGAAUGGGGCAACCGCUGGGCCAGGGCGAUCAAAUACAGACAGAAAAACAACGAAGCAGUGGGCGGCUUCUUCACCCAGAUUGGAGACCUGUACGUCGUUCAUCACUUGUGGGCCUAUGAAAGCCUCCAGUCCCGAGAGGAAACGAGAAACUCUGCCUGGCAGCAGGAAGGGUGGGAUGUAAAUGUGUAUUAUACAGUGCCUCUGAUCAGACACAUGGAGUCUAGAAUAAUGAUUCCCACCAAGAGUUCCCCUUUGCAGUGAGAAGACGAAUAAAGACCGCUGGCAGCUCCACAUGGUGAACUCUAAGAUCGGAUGUAUCUCCUGGUGUUAAAUCUACUGGAUGAGCUGUGUUACAUUAGUGUCUGGUUUCAUAUUUGCACUCCAGCUGCUUAUUAAAAGUACACAUACAGUGUAUGAAUUUUUGUUUGCGGAUUCCAAACUCCUGAUUUUUCACCCUCAAAUGUUCAAACAUCAGGAUAAAUAGAGGAAAACAAAUGAAAGUGAAGUUAGACAGAGAAAAGCCAUUUGUGGAAAGAUGUUCAUGAGUAAAAUGUGUAGGUGUAAAAACAUAUGACCUGUUUGUGUUUUAUUUAGCAUUUUGAAGUAGAUUUUUGUCAUUUCUCCACUGUUCCGUUUUUGCUUCCACUCUGAGUUUUAUGUGAUUUGCAUUGAAAUCAAGAUUGUCUUCGCUGCAGUAGGAAAAAUAAAACAGGCAACGUUAUUAUGAGCUGGAAGAAUUGUGUAGAGUCCAGAGGUAAAACAGGAAGUUUUAGUUCAUAGUUGUCAAGAUUUUCAAAAUAAGACUUUCCUAAAAAGGCCUUCCAAGCAAGUUAUUAAUAAAUGUUUGGUUAUGUAAACGUAAAAAAUUCUGAAUCUGGUUUUGCUAAAAGUUGUAACAAAGGAAAUCGCUUCACUGUUUUCUGCUGUCCUGUGCACGCUUCGGAAACGAGAAUAAAGUAAUCGCUGUGGUUAGCUGGACAGCUACAUGGCAAAGUGA